AUGGGCAGGAAAUCUGCCACCAGAGUUGAAGCAAAUCCUGCUGUGAUUAAGGCCAUGAAGCCGUUAACGAAAGGUAAGAGAGAGGCAAAAGAUGAUUUGGAGAGCAAAGCAAAUCUGAAGAAGCAAAAGAAAAAACAUGAGAACAAGGAGACAAUGGAAGGAUUUGUUCUCUCUCUUCAGCUGAUGGAAGCAAAGAUGGAUUUGUUAACAACAAAAGUGGAUUUCUUGACCUCAAAGGUGGAUUUGUUGGCGACCAAUGCAGAUCUACAGAAGAUUUUGACCUCACUGAAGGAAUUUUCUGAAACCAAGAAUCCGGAUGCAGCUGCUAAAAAUAAUUCUUUAACGGCGAAAGCAGAGAGAAGUUCGUCUGAAGAUGAAUCAUCUUCUGAUGCGGAACCUGCUAAAGAUUCUUCUUCAUCUUCUGAUGAUGAUUCUCAUCAGGAUGACAAGCCAUGCCUGCGACAGAAGGCAGCUCCGCCAACUAGCAAUAAUGCAAGCAGUUCAGAUUCAGCAGAUAAAAAUUCUGAUGAAAUGGCUCCACAAAGCAGUGUUCAAACGAUUUACGUUGAAGGAUUCGGCUCUUCACUUCCAGAGAAUGAUAUCAAGACCGCAUUAAGUAAACAUUUCAGUGCCUGUGGGGAGAUCACAAGGGUUUUUGUUCCAACAAACUUUGAAACCGGUUUUUUCAAAGGAUUUGCUUACAUUGAUCUAAAAGGAGACGCAACGAAGGCGUUGGAACUUAAUGGUAGUCAUAUGAUUGGAAAGGAACUUGUAGUUAAGACGGCUCUACUGAUGAGAGAUUCCUCCCCUGGCCAUUCUGGUUCAGGCGGACGUUUUGGCGGUCGUUUUGGCAAUAUUGGUGGCCGAUUUGGUGGUCGUUUUGGAAAUGUUGGCGGCCGAUUUGGCGGUGGUCGAUGUGGAGGUUACGGACUGGAUGAGUCUGUGAGUUAA